AGACGAUUCCUCGGUUUAUCUCGCUCGCGCUUCCCGCUCGUCACUCGUCUCCCGUUUCUAGAAAAUAAACAAACCAAACGUUGCGCCACGGGACCCGAGGGGAAACCUACGGAAAGUGUUGUCGAGACUCAGUAGUGGCAGGAUGUCAGUUGCCAAGGAGGUCACGUGUCACGAAGGAGGAGGAGUGACAGCGGAAAGUGAGCACAUCAUCUUCAGCGGCGAGAACGUGACAGGAGAUUUGUGUCGCAAGAGCGAGGGGACAGAGGAGAGUCUUCCCAUCUUGAAGAAGGUGGGCAGGAGGUGGAAGUCCCUACCCGCGCAGGGAGAUGACGUUACCAUAAAGGACCCCAAGCUGAGGCAGGGGUAUCUGGGGGACUUGAGGAAGAAGUCGGUCAUUGAGCUGGAAGAUGCACUCUGGAGACAGGAUGCCAUACUUAAUAAUAAAACACUGCUGGCAAAACUUCCAGACAAAGGUGAACGCCUUAGAGGAAGGCGGAGGGAAGUUGCUGAGGCUCUUGAGGAAGUGAGAGAAAGGGAGAGGAAUUUGAGAACAGCGGACCUUCCUGUUGACGUUCAGGCACUAGAAUGGAGAGGCAUCAAUGGGAAUGUAAGUGAGAGAGUUACAACCACUAGACAGCCAAAUGGUGAUGGCAUUGAUAGUGAUGAGGAUGAAAAUUUAGACCCUCUGGAGCUCAUGGCUCAGCACUCUUCUUGCAUCAAGAAUAAAGAUCACAGAAAGUCCUGGUCUGAAGAGGAAGACCCAGCAGAUGUUAUAUCCCGUGAACUGAAGCAGAUGGAAUUGAGAGAUGCACAAGAGUCUGCAAACAAUGAAGAAGAGAGAACCAAUGAAGGGAGAGGCAAAAGCUCUACACAUAGAGAACACUUAGGAAAUGAACAGAAGGCCAUUCACAAUCAAGUCCCAAGCCAUUCUGCGCUUGAUUUUGGUACAAAGCGCAUUCAGAUGUUAGAGUUACGGCGGUUAAGAAAUGGUGAAGUCAGAGAGCCUUUUAAACCGUUUAGACGACUUGAACAUCCUCAGCCUCUUCCUGAUAUCCAAAAUAUAAUAGAUAGUCAUAGACCAAAGUCAGACCGCCAAGCCAAACUGAUAUCACUACAGGAGUCUAUAGCCCUAGAACGUAGCUAUCUCUCCAAAAUGAAGAAAAGAGAGAUGAAAAAGACAGUGGAAGCACUUGCACAUAUGAAAAAUACAAAAAUGGAAAUUGGUUUACCUCCCAAAACAUCAUGUUUGAAGUACAGGGAUGUCAAUGUCGAUAAGCAUCUCUUGGACUCGGAUGAAGAGGACAGUUGCUACUUACCUGCUCACUCAGAUGUUUAUGAUGAUGACGAAGAAGAAAUAUAUGCAGAUUGAUUGUUACCACAUUUAAGAUUAAAAUGUAGUAUAACACAAGCAUACUGCAUGAUUAACCCUCUGGCUUUGUGUACCAUCUCAACUUUGAACAACUGAGCUUAUUUUGUUAAUUUGAAUCCCAGUACACACAAAAAAUGACCACAGAUCAUACAAAUGUAGAGAGCAUGUGUUACUGAUUACUGUCAUUAUAGAGGUUAUAGUUUAUGGUAAAAAGUACAGUGCAAAGAGAAGCAGGUACACGGUUAUAGCCAGGUUUUGUAGAACUGGAAGUCAGACACGUAUGUUUACACCUGGAUGCUAUGCGCUAGAUGGGCAAGGCUGAGGGUGUCUCUGUGGAAAAUAUUAAUUUUGAAUAAUAUGUGAACAUAUAAUUAUAAAAAUUAUAAAAAAAAGGAAACCACCAAAAGAUACAUAUUAUAUUAGAUAUCUUUAUUUUUUUAUCAUAUAUGCCACUCCCUGCACCUUUAGGCAUAAACAAAUGUUUUAUAUCUUUUCAGGUUGAAACAUAUUUGUAAAAUAGGAAAAUUUACUCAUGUUUAACCACUGUCUGGGAGCUAAAUGGUGUUCAAAUUUCGAAACAUUGAUGGAAAGUAUUUUUCUGGAUUUUUAUGAAAAUGCCUGUUAAUAUAUAAAGGAGUGAUAUAUUAUUAUUAUUAUUUUUUUUUUUGUCAAUAGAGUUGUUUUUUUCUGUACAUUUGUAAGAUGAAGCUACUUUUGGCCAGAUAUAUAUUAUUGAGAAAGCUA